ACAGAUCCUAGGUGCUGCCAGUGAGCCCAGGAGACCUACAAGGCCUGUCCUGCAGUCUCUCUCUGGUUACAGGAGGGGGAUAUCAGGUCCGGUGCAGGCAGGGACAGCAGGAGAGAGGAGGAUCCCCAUCCUUGGGAAUGUGGGGAAUGCAUGUUCUCCACUGCUCUUUGCUCUCUGAAGUCUUACCUGUUAAUGAGUGACCCUUGAGCAGCAAGGGCUCAGCCAGGUCACUGACACAGCCACCUCUGCCCUGUGACAAAAACACGAGCAUCCCCUGCCUGUGCACCCUUGGGAUCCUUUCCAGCCAAGCAGGCAGCUCUUGGCUCUGGCAUCCUUAUCUAGUGGCAGGAUUCCAUACUCUCCUAGGAGAAUGGGGGAUAAAAUAGACCCCCAUUAGAGACCGGGCUGGACUGGGAGGGCAGGAGCUGCUGUGCUGGGGAGAAGCAAGCAUGGGCAGGGUACACGGAAGCUGGAGGAUGCUGCUGGUGGGAGUAGUCUAAGCACGUGGAGGAAGAGGUGUCAAGGCUGUGGCCUACCCGGUCCCUGCCCACAGAGGCAGUGAUGGGAUCCGGGCUGUGGGUAGUUGGCACUGUAAUAGUGUCUGAUGUCCUGCUUGUGGCUGCAUGUCACCUGGCCUGUGUGGUGACAAACCAGGGUGACACUUGCAUUCCUGGCCACAAGGGCAGGUUACUCACCAACUCAAGUUAAUGGCUAACCCUGGGGCAGCUCCUGCGGAAGGUGGAAGUUCAGCCAUGUGAGGAUUUGCAAGGAGGUCUCAGGGGGCUGGGAGCCUGCCCCCCCUCUCUACACUGAAAACGGGGAGCGGUGUGGGGAGGCAGCAGCAUGAAUGGUGGCCAUGGCAGAGCACCUGGAGCUGGGAGCCCCAUGCUCAUGUCCUGCUCCUCCCAGAAGAUGUGCUCAUGGAUGGUGAACUGCUGCUUAGCCCUUCAGCACCUGGCUGUACAGACCUCCCUGCUCUGCAUCUUCCACCUCCUCCUGCUGCCCACCCUGCCCCAGGAGCCACCUCAUGCCCAGACCACCAGCAAGCUGCUGGCAUGCAGCCUCUUUGCCUGCGGCAUCUCCACAGUGCUGCAGACCACCCUGGGGAGCCGGCUGCCGCUGGUUCAAAUCCCAUCCUUUGAGUACUUGGUCCCUGCCAUGAUGCUGAGCUCCCACCUGUCCCCUGGUGCCAGCACAAACAGGAAUGGCACAGCCAUGGCCAGUACAUGCCUCGUACCUCAUUGCAGAGACACAGGGAGCUGGGCUGACUCGCUGCGAGAGGUCUCUGGAGCAGUGCUGGUCUCUGGGCUGAUUCAGUUGGUGCUGGGAGUGUCUGGCGUGUGCGGGUGGGCAGCCCGGCACUGCGGGCCCAUGGUCCUGGCCCCCAGCCUGUCCAUCAUCGGGCUGUCUGCAUACAAGGAAGCAGCUUUCUUCUGCUCCACUAACUGGGGUGUAGCACUGCUGUAUGUGAGCGAGGGACUGUACUGGCUCAUGCUCCUUGCUGUCACCUUCUCCCAACACCUGCGGUCCUGCCGCCUGCCCUUUUGUGCCUGGCCUCAUGCUUGGGAGGGCUCCACAGAGUCAUCAGUUCCCACCCUGCGCAUGUUCUCGGUACUGUUCCCAUUUGCUGGUGUCUGCAUUGUCUGUGCCAUCCUCAGCUACUUCCACAUUCCCUGGGAAUCACUGGACCCGGCCAUGGCACAGCUGUCUUGGGCCAACAGCACCUUCAAUGCCCCUUGGAUCCACAUCCCCUAUGCAGGAGAGUGGAGGUGGCCACUGCUCACCCCCCGGGCGUUGGCAGUGGGCAUUGCCAUGGCCAUCGGCUGCAGCAUGAACUCCGUGGGUUGCUACGUGCUGUGUGGGAGGCUGCUGCGAGUUCCCCAGCUACCCCCUCACGCCUGUAACCGGGGGCUCUGCAUGGAAGGGUUGGGCAGCCUCCUGGCAGGACUGCUGGGCACCCUGGGGGGCACAGCCUCCAGCAUUGCCAACACCUGUGCCACUGGCCUCACACAGGCUGGCUCUCUCCUCUCGGUGCAAGUAAGCGCCGUGGCGUGCAUGGUGUUGGGCAUGUCCCCGAGGCUGGCAGGGCUCCUCACCCACAUCCCACUGGCAGUUCACGGAGGGGUGCUCUGUGUAACCUACGCCAUGGCUGUGGGCACGGGGAUCUCCUACUUCCAGUACGCAGACAUUGACUCAGGGAGGAACAUCUUCAUUGUUGGCUUUGCCAUGUUCAUGGCACUGCUGGUACCACGGUGGUUCGGCACGGCUCUGACUCCCCUGGCCACAGGCUGGGUGCCACUGGACCUCCUCUUCCUCUCCCUGCUUAUGGUGCCUGUCUUCUUAACUGGCUUCUUGUCAUUUUUUCUGGAGAACACGGUCUCAGGAACGCUGGAGGAACGAGGGCUGCUUUCUGAGCAGCCAUGGAAAGUUAGAGCUGGUGACUGUCACCUCCAUGGAGAGAGAGGCAAAGCCAGCCAAGCCUAUAGGCUCCCCACUGGGCUAAGGAGGCUGCUGCCAUCUUCCUGCAAAGCCUUUCCGUGCUGCUUCCUCUGCCCAAGGAGUGAGGAAGAGGAGGAGGGUAGCAGUGCCACCGAGGAGGGGACUGCUGCCCCGGGGGAAGGGACACACCUGCUCCCCAAACCCAGCUCUGGGGAGCUGCAGCCAGCAAUACGGUCAAGCCAGACAGACAUGCCUGCAUGGCACACUGUGGCCUGACCCUGUCACGCAGGGGUGCCUCAUGUGAAAACAGGGCUGUGCCCUCAAGGCAGCUUGUGAGCCACUUUGCUCCUCAUUUCUGAAGGCCUCGAGGACUGGAGGAACCUGAGCUUCCACCCUCCCAACACAAACCUGAUUUCCCUGCUUGAGAGCGAGAUAUAAAAACCUUCAACCAA